UGUAUAAAUAAACAUUCGAACCCUCCCUAAUCCCACGUACACAACCUUUGAAAGUCUCAUAUCUUUUUGGCAUACGAGGCAGAGAGAGAGAGAGAGAGAGCGCAAAGAGGAGAUCGCCUUUGCAAUGGCACGUUGGGUGAGGCCAGAGGUGUAUCCGUUGAUGGCAGCGAUGGCCUUUGUGACCGGUAUGUGCGUAUUUCAGCUCACAAGGAACGUUGUUCUGAACCCCGAUGUUAGGAUCAACAAGCUUCAUCGGAGGUCGGGGGUGCUAGACAACGGCGAAGAAGGAGAGAAAUACUCUGAGCAUGGCCUCCGCAAGUUCCUCCGUACUCGCCCACCGGAGAUCAUGCCCGCCAUCAACCACUUCUUCUCCGAAGAUAAAUGAAGAAUGAAAAGCAGAAAAUGAGAAAUUUCAACAAUGAUCAUGCAUGCAUUCUCUUUUU